ACUUCAGUAUCUUUUUAAUACUCGCGAGGUUCACACGAUCAAAAUGAUAUUUAAAUAUUGUUGUUUAUUUUUUAUUCUUUUUUUGCAAUGUUUUUAUGCCAGUGCAAAAUGUCCUACAAUAGUGAGUCGCAAAGAAUGGGAUGGACUUAAACCGGUCCACGUGCGCUACCUGCCGCGACCGGUAGACCUUGUCAUCAUCCAGCAUACGGUGACUCCUACGUGCGCGACGGAUGACGGAUGUGCAGAGAUUGUAAGGAACAUCCAAGCAUAUCAAAUGGACAAUUUGAACUUUUGGGAUAUUGGACAAUCGUUCCUCAUUGGCGGUAACGGAAAGGUAUAUGAAGGUCCUGGCUGGUUACACGCAGGCGCACAUACUUACGGCUACAACAGUAAAUCCAUUGGCGUUGCCUUCAUCGGAAACUUUAACAAAGACCAGCCGACUACUCAAGCUCUCAACGCUGCUAAGGCGCUGAUCAAGUGUGGCGUUGAUCUCGGACACUUGGCUUCAAACUACCACGUGGUAGGCCAUCGACAGCUCAUUGCUACAGAAAGUCCAGGCAGGAAGUUAUACAAUGAAAUUAGAAGUUGGCCUGACUGGAUGGAAGAUGUCAGUUCUAUAAAGAACUGAACGAAAUACUUUAAAAUAUGUGAUUUGAGCAUUUAUUAAUUACUAUUUUUUAUAUAUGCUAUAUGUACAACUUAAGGUUUAUUUUAAAACUCUGGUAGUUGCUCAACUCUAAUAUAUUUUAGUAAUAGAGAUGGGAAGUUUAUCUCAAAUUAGUUUCAUAUUAACAAAUGGUAGAAGUCUGAAAUUAAACGAUUAUAAUUCGAUGCACUCUUUAUUUUAAGCCUGUUUCAAAGAAGGCCCCAAACGAUAAAUCGGGUUUUGUUUUUUUACUAUUUUUUUUAUUUGAUAUUAGCUUUAAUAGGAAAUAAAACCUAGAAGUCUAAACAAAAGUGUCGUUGAUGUAAGACAAUGUGUAUUGAUCCAGGCACAAACGUUUUGCAAGUAAAUUGUAUAAAAGGUCUUUGAGUUCAUAUCUUUUGUUCGUGCACGAUUGCUUAUAACAAAUUGGGUACAAGAAAACAAUACACAAGUUGUAUAAAACUUUGUCGACUUGCUGUAAAGUAACUCAACUUGGUACGCUAAAUAAAUUCAAGUUUUAUAUUUAAACAAUAAAUAUAAUUAAAUAUUUCAA